AUGCCAAAUAAGAGAGGGAACGACGACAAGGCCCUUACUUGCGAUGCCAUCACGAGAACGAAUCGUCCAAUUGACUUUGUCAAUAACCUUGCCAACAACCACUGUGUUGUGGAACAAGUGGAAGAGACAAACAAGGGAGCGGGUCAUUCUCAUCACAUUGGCCAACACCAGGGUGAUGCGAACGCGAAUAAUUUGAAUCAAACCGACACUGCCGACACUCCAAUAUCACAUCAGUCCAGGUCGUCAUCUAUGCAGGAUGAUGAGACGUUGCCGGAUAUUCUCAUGGAGUUUGGCAGUCUUGUUGCUUCUGAGAUUGAAAACACUGGAAAUUUCAAUGAAAACAGUCAUUCUGCUGACAAGAAGAUGACCCACAAUAAUGCAAUUAUUACUUCCAACUCGGACACCCCUGAUGACUCGAAAAAUGUUCACCGCAUAAGUUUCUCUGCAUCAGCUUCAGGUUCGACAGAAGUAGUAGAUGCAAAGUAUGCCGAAGAACAGUUUUCGGACUUUACUUUGGAUUCAUUUUUGGAUGUUUCCGCUGACUCGGAGCAGAGUGCCUUGCAGCCGUUUGAUGAAUUCGAAUUCAGUGUUUCUUCAGAAGAAGACGAUGAUAUGGAUAGCAUUAGUGGUGAUCAGGGUAAUGAUAAUGAACCAAAGCCAAAUGCCAACACUGACAACAACAAUGCAAUCAAUCCGACCAAGAGUAUAGGUGCUCUGGAUUCGCACGAAGACUCAGUGUCUACAGAAUCUACCACUUCUUUGUCAUCAGAAGAGGAAAGCACCAAUAACGCUGCUGCGGAGAGUGGCAACAAGACCAAUUGCGUAUCUUCUUCCACUACUGCAACGACUACUGGAGCGAAUGACAGCAACACCAUUCACCGAAAUCAGCAACGAACCGAUCCGUUGGCUAUAGCCCCAAGGCCAUCCGAUACCCCAAUCUCGUUUCGCUCCAAAGAAUUCCAGCAGUACCUUUCUUCUUUUCAUUCCAAUGAAUCAAGACGAAUCCGCUCUGCUUGCAAAGGCAUAGAUUCGUGUGAGCAUCCACCGAUUGGGACCUUGGAGGAUCGCUUUGAAAGCGUGUUGGACAGACCGUUUCGAUAUUGGAAGGCAUUGGACCAAGUCUUGGAGUAUUCAAAUCCUGAGUGGCUCAACUACCAACGUGGAAGGAUGGUCCACUACUUGAUUCAUUUUCUAGAGCUCAAGAUUGGAUUCCAAGACUACAAUGUGGACCCGCCAUCUCGGUCGUUGUCGACUGAUGAUCAGGAAUCGAAUGCUUCAGUUUCAAAUGGUGGUGGUCAAUUGAUGCCAUCCCCAGUUGUCGACGAAGCAUGGAAAGCUCUUAUUCUGGAGUCCCAGCUGUAUGAAAAGAUUACACGAUAUCUUCAAGAAUUCCAUGGUCAACCAGUCUACCAAUACAUUCAUUAUUCGAGAGUCAGGACAGUGAUGAACUCCAGUACAAAACGACAAGCCACCAUUCCAGAAGAGCUCAUUACCACUCAAAGUCUGUUUCAGGAUUACUUUCACGAAUUGAUGCCUUCCUCCAUCCGACAAGUUAGGACUAUAUUGCCCAGUCGAAGGUCUGUUCCAGCUUCGCGCUUCUCAAGAGCACAAACCAGAACCACCAAUGCACAAUUGGCUCCAUUCCAGUGCACCCCCCUCACGGCUGCUCAUAAGCGACAUGGCCAAAUGCAAGCUCAAAAGCGUCUAAAUCAAAACUACAAUGAUAUGACUACUAGUCCAUCUUCGGGAGGCCUGCGUGGACUGCAGGUCCUGAAUGUGAACGACGAGAUGAUGCCAACCAAAAUCAAACACGUGGUGUGGUGCUAA